AUGCCCAUCCUGGUCAAAGCAUCACAAUGGAUGCAGACUGACACUCAUGUGAAAGUGAUUGUGAGGAUCUGUUCAGGACCAGUCAGUAGGAGAAACAUCCUGUACAGCUCUGAAUACAUCAAGAUGAACAGCCCUCCAUUCCUUUUUGAAGCCUUCCUUCCUGAGAAAAUUGAUGUGGAUGAAUCUGAAGUUGUUGUCGUGGGAAAUGAUGCACAUUUCCUACUUAAGAAAUGUCAUCCAUCUCACUGGGAUUGCUUGGACCAAAUUCUUCCCAGAGAGGAGCAAAUGAAAAGGCGAAGGGCUGCUGAAGAAGUGGAAUUGGCAAGACUGCUUUCACAAUCCAAGGCAAUUAGAGAUGAAAGAGGAACAAUAUCCAAGGAAGCUGUGAGAUUGCAAUUGUGUCAGGAAGAGAAGCAGCAUCUGUGUGUUCAGAAGAUGAAAGACAAGCAAAUUAGCAUGUUUUUCAAGGCAAUCAGUAUUCCUGAGAUACAUGAGAAAAGCAAACCUGCAGAAAAAGAAACUGAAUACCUGGAGGCUCAAGAGGUGAUCAUGCCACCACCAAGGGAUUCAGCAAAGAUUUUAAUGAAAUUCUCCCCCUAUGACCUCCUCACCCCCAAGAGAGAAUCAGUGGAAUUGAUGAGGCAUCAGGUCAGCCAUCUUCAAUGAAAAAUCAAUACCUUGGAGGCAUCUGUGAGGAUCAUGCCACUUUCAAUGUGUUUCUAUCACUCUGUUGCUGUUUUUUUUGCAUUUCCCAUGUUCAAAUUCUGAGUGUGGCAGAUGAAUGCAGGGUAUCCCAAAAGUCAUGUGACCCAGAACCUAAAAAUGUAUCAUAAAUGGAUACGGGAAGGAACAGUGACGAGUCGUUUGGAAGCUGGAGUAACACUUUUUGAAUGCACAAAAAAUCAUAUGAUAUAGAAAAUUAGUCACAAAUAAACACUCAACCCA